GUUUCUUGUCAGUCAAAUAACCAGUAAAUAAGUUUUGUUUAAAAUAAUUAAAAUAAGUUUUAAAUUUCAUUUAUUUAAAUUAAAAAAUAUGACUAUACUUUAACAAGUUUGGAGUCGGAGGCGUAAAACAAAACUCUUUUAUUUAAUUUAUUUAUUUAUUUGUAUUAACUAUCUUCAGUGUUAAAACAAUGCAAGUGGAGGUUGUGGAGGAUUUUUUCGGUGUCUAUCUGCUAUAUUGUAUAAACCCAAAAUAUAAAGGAAAAACUUACAUAGGUUAUACAAGAGAUCCAAAUCGCAGAAUAAUGCAGCAUAAUAGAGGCACUUGGGCUGGAGGAGCUUACCGCACUAGCAAUAGAGGACCGUGGAAAAUGGUACUAAUUGUUCAUGGUUUUCCAAAUAAUAUAUCAGCACUAAGGUUUGAAUGGGCUUGGCAGAAUCCAACAAAAACAAUAAGAUUGCAACAUUUGAAUCUUAAAAAAAUACCUAGAAAAGAAACAGAGUUUCAAUUUAAGCUCCGAAUAUUGACUGAGAUGCUCAGAGUGGGCCCAUGGUAUCGUCUACCACUAAUAAUUAGAUGGCUUGAAAAGGAUUAUUAUGAAGAAUUUCCUACUGAAAGAAUACCACCAGAGCACAUGAAGAUUUGCCAUGGUCCUAUCAAAAGUAGAAACAUAAAGAAACCAGGUCAAGAAUCAAGUUCAAGCAGCACUCACAUUGAAUGUCUAUUAUGUUCCAAUUACAUCACUAAUUGUUCAUCAAAAUUAACUUGUUUAAAUCCUGAAUGUGAUUUAUUGGCACAUAUAACUUGUCUAGCUGACCUAUUUUUGCAACCUGGUGAAUUUGUACCAAUCCAGGGCAAUUGUCCCUUUUGUGAUACUUAUUUAAAAUGGGGUGACUUGAUUAGAAAAAUGAAAGGAUGUAAUAAUGAUAUUGAUGUAAGUGAUAAUUUGAAUGAAAUUAAUGAUUAUAGUGAAAUAAAUGAUAAUCAAGUUAAUGAUAACAGUGAUGAAGAUGUAAUUUCUACUCAAGAUAAAGAAUUUGUUGAUAAUGAGUCUAAAUGGUUAUUGGAAUGGGAUAAUGAUAAUUUAUGACCAAAUAUAUUAUUUUAUAUAU